UUACGCCACACUCCCACAGCAGCUGCAGCUAAACAUGGCGGCGCCACUGAGCGACCAGGAGAAGCGGAAACAGAUUAGCGUUCGCGAAAUAGCGGGGCUGGGGGACGUCGUAGAAGUCAAGCGUAGUUUUAACCGUCACCUUCAUUUCACUGUGGUAAAGGACCGAAACGUGGCGACGCCCCGGGACUACUAUUUUGCCCUUGCUCACACCGUCUGGGAUCAUCUAGUGGGCCGUUGGAUUCGCACCCAGCAGUACUACUAUGAAAAAGACCCAAAGAGAGUUUAUUAUCUGUCCCUGGAGUUCUACAUGGGUCGAGCCCUUCAGAACACCAUGAUCAACCUGGGUCUCCAAAAUUCCUGUGAUGAGGCUGUUUACCAGUUGGGUCUGGACAUGGAGGAGCUGAGAGACAUAGAGGAGGAUGCUGGUCUUGGUAAUGGAGGUCUCGGACGACUGGCGGCGUGCUUCCUGGACUCCAUGGCCACCCUCGGUUUGGCAGCAUACGGUUACGGGAUCCGCUACGAGUACGGCAUAUUCAACCAGAAAAUUCGCAACGGCUGUCAGGUGGAGGAGGCAGAUGAUUGGCUGAGGUAUGGAAAUCCCUGGGAGAAGGCGCGGCCUGAGUACAUGCUGCCCAUUCAUUUUUACGGUCAUGUGGAGACGACGGCCGCCGGCCACAAAUGGGUGGACACUCAGGUGGUGCUAGCAAUGCCUUAUGACACACCUAUCCCUGGUUACCGUAACAACACAGUGAACACCAUGAGGCUUUGGUCGGCGAGAGCUCCCAACGACUUCAAACUACACAACUUCAAUGUUGGUGAUUACAUUGAAGCUGUUCUGGACAGGAACCUGGCUGAGAACAUUACCAGAGUCCUGUAUCCCAACGACAAUUUCUUUGAGGGGAAGGAGCUGCGUCUAAAGCAGGAGUACUUUCUCGUGGCAGCAACGCUGCAGGAUGUUGUCCGCAGGUUCAAGUCCUCAAAGAUUGGCAGCAGAGACCCAGUCAGGACGUCCUUUGAAAUGUUUCCAGAGAAGGUGGCCAUUCAGCUGAAUGACACCCACCCAGCUCUGGCCAUUCCUGAGCUGAUGAGGAUCCUGGUGGAUAUAGAGAAACUGGAAUGGGACAAAGCCUGGGACAUCACAUGUCGGACCUGCGCGUAUACCAACCACACAGUUCUGCCUGAGGCUCUGGAACGAUGGCCUGUCUUCAUGUUUGAACAACUGCUGCCCAGACAUCUGCUGAUCAUCUACGACAUCAACCACAGACACUUGGAUAGAAUUGCAGCAAAGUUUCCUGGGGACGUUGACCGUCUUCGCCGCAUGUCUUUAAUCGAGGAGAGCGACCCCAAGAGGAUCAACAUGGCUCAUCUGUGUGUGGUUGGAUCUCACACCGUCAAUGGUGUCGCUCGCAUUCACUCAGAACUGGUCAGGAAGACAGUGUUCAAAGACUUUUAUGAAGUGGACCCGGAAAAGUUCCAGAAUAAAACCAACGGUGUCACUCCUCGGCGCUGGCUGCUGCUCUGUAAUCCCGCCCUCUCUGACAUCAUCACUGAGAAAAUUGGAGACGGUUUCCAUAGCGACCUGCAGCAGCUGCAGAAGCUUCUCCCCUUUGUUGACAAUGAAAUCUUCAUCAGACAAGUGGCCAAAGUUAAACAGGAGAACAAGCUCAACCUCGCCUCCUAUCUGCAGAAGGUAACGCAGCAGCAGAUAAAUCUGGACUCCAUCUUUGAUGUCCAGGUGAAGAGGAUCCACGAGUACAAGAGACAGCUCCUCAACUGUCUGCACGCCAUCACGCUCUACAACCGACUAAAGUCCGCACCAAGCCAAGACUUUUUCCCCAGGACGAUAAUGAUUGGAGGAAAGGCGGCUCCUGGUUACCACAUGGCCAAACUGAUCAUCAGACUCAUCACAUCUGUGGGUCAUGUGAUCAAUAACGACGCAGCAGUGAAUGACAAGCUGAAAGUGAUUUUUCUGGAAAACUACAGAGUUUCAUUGGCUGAGAAAGUGAUUCCAGCUGCAGACCUCUCGGAGCAGAUCUCCACUGCAGGAACAGAAGCUUCUGGAACAGGAAACAUGAAGUUCAUGAUGAACGGUGCUCUAACCAUCGGUACCAUGGACGGAGCCACGGUGGAGAUGGCGGAGGAGGCGGGACAAGACAAUCUGUUCAUCUUUGGACUGAGUGUGAAUGAAGUGGAGGAGAUGGACAGGAAGGGCUACAACGCUAAAGAAUACUACGAACGUCUGCCAGAACUGAAAAUGGCUGUGGACCAGAUCCAGAACGGCUUCUUCAGUCCUGCACAACCAGGACUCUUCCAGGACCUGGUCCACAUGCUGUUGAACCAUGACAGGUUUAAAGUGUUUGCUGACUUUGAAGCGUACGUUCAGUGUCAGGAGCGAGUCAGCAAACUCUACAAGAAUCCCAGAGAAUGGACCAGGAUGGUGAUCCGGAACAUUGCAGCAUCAGGAAAGUUUUCCAGUGAUCGGACCAUCGCCCAGUACGCCAGUGACAUCUGGGGAGUGGAACCAUCAGGUGUGAAAAUCCCGCCUCCAAACGAGCCACCCUUCCAGGAAUGAUUGGUCAGUGUCUUUAUGUCAGAAUAUUUAAUUCAGAUUAAGAUAAUCUGGACUUGAUGGGAAAAGAAUCCUAACAGGAUUUGAUCAGUGAAGUAUUAUCUUCUUUUAGAAACAGGCGAUUUGACUGAACAGUCCCUGACUGUGCUGUUGGGUCAGUGUAAACUGUUUAUGGUGUGAUUUUACAGAAUGUGUUCUUUUUAAUUCUGCAUUUGAAAUCCUUAAACUGACCACAAGAGGCAGGAGUGUACAAGGCAAAUUGGUCCUGGGCUUAAAUCGCCGAUUUUCUCUAUGGACUUUGGUGUCCAUCAGUGAGAGGAGCAGUGAACAGAUUCUAACUCAUCUCUGUAUCGAUACAAUACAAAAGUUAAUAGUACCAGUUAAUACCAUUACACUCACUGUAAAACUUAUAUUUCUUCUUUUUACUUACAAUAUUUUUUUACCUCAUUCCAUUUAAGUAAAAUAAGCUCAUUUUCACCGUUUGCCUUCUUUAACAUUAAAAUGUAAAUGUAACAGUUGAACAGGAAAUAAUGCAGUGUUAAAUCACAGGUGCUUUUGUCGGUUCAUUUGAAUGUCAUGAAGUACUGUAUCUGUAUCUGCACCACCGAGGCAGAAACAUCAAAGUGUCGUUGUUUCUAACACACGUUUAAUUUAAUAAAACCUGAGA